AACAACACAAGUCACGGAAACUCAAAUCAUGCCAAAAUAAGGAAUCUUGUAGAGGACUUAUCAGUCAAUGAUGCGCCGUGCAGGCCGUGCAGGCGCGCUGACACAGCCGGACCCAAACUUUACACGAGGAAGAUGAUGGAAACGUGUUUGGGAACAGGUUGAGGCCAGAAACAAAAGGUUUGUUAAAACCGAUUUCUUCCAAAUGCGGACGUGGAUUCGACACAUGAAAAAGAGCAUAGUUGCUGGACUUUUGUGCCGUUAUCAUGUAGUGGAGAAGUUGACCACAGUUCAAGAAGGUGCAUGGACUCUAACUAAUGUCGCUUGGAUAAUGAGGGAAUUAACAUAAACAAUGGCUGAAAAAGGACAUAAGAUGGUGUACCGCAGCGUGUCUUUUAAAAAGCUGGGGUCUUGGAGUGCAAGCAACAGUGAGGACCACAAAUCAGAGGAUUCGGAGGCAACUGGCGUCGCCCUUCCUCCGGAUCUCACAGCAGCACCACAGCACUUGGCGACGCGCAAUGUCAGUCAGUCAAGAAAAGUUUCCAAAAUCCGUGCCACAACCGCCGGCCUCCCAACCACAGACCCAAAGAGAGGCUCCUCCACUCCCAUCUCUUCUCUUUCUCCAUCCAUCCGCCAACUCACAGAGAAGUUCAGCAGCAGCAGCAGCGGCGGCGGCGGUUCACCAGGGACUCAGACAACUUCACCGAGUGACAGAGCAGCAUUGAAGCGGGGCAGGAGCACUCUUCCCCGGAUUAGGAACUCGAGGAAAAACGGAUCUCCCUCUCGCCAUUCUUUUCACGAGGAUAGCGCUAGUGGAUAUUUACUGGACAGUAGUGAUACAGCCCGGGACUCCUCCACUGACAAAGUGCAAAAAGUUUUCUCUGGGACUGAUUCGGUGUCUGGUUCCGACUCAGAGAGGAGAGCAGAAAAGAGGAUUUUAAUACGGGUUUCACUCGACAGCCACACUGGUAAGAGAGAUUACGCACAUAUUUGUCAUUCUGAACCCAGAAAAACUUUAACAGACGAUGAAGAAGAUGUUUUUAGUCGGCCCAGCAAAUCCCACAGAACUUAUUUACUCACACAUCCUGGCGAUCUGCACUCUGACAAGUGGCCAAGUGUUACCAAAAUUAGACAAAUUUUUGAUGAAAAGCAAAGUAAAGAACAACACAAAUCUAGCUCAUAUGAAAAUUUAAAAACUACUGGCAAAUGUUAUUCUGAUGAGCAUAUCUUUAACGAGAGUGAUAAACUUUCUUCUUGUGGGUCUGUCACUGAGACUAGCUCCUUGUCUUUUCAUGAGAGAUGUGUAGUGGGUGGACAGAGCAGAGAAAGCAGUCCUGCUACUGUUUGUGGGGAUAUGGACUUGUCUCUCAAAACUGUCAGGCAACACUAUCUCAAUGAGACAAAUGCAGAGAAUAGUGGCCCCAGAAAUACUUUUCAAAUUAGUCUUAGUCACCACCAUAGGAUUAACCCACUUCUGAGUGCAUCGAGAAAUCCCAAUUCAGAAUCCCAGUCUGCACCCGGGACGACAGGGGUGACACCUGACCCUCACCCUGACCUUCAGCUCUCUGCUGCUUCUUCAGUGAGCCCAGACACCUCUUCGUGCUCCACCUCUUUCCUCCAGACUAAGGUGAGGGAGGAGAGGGGUAGACAGGGGGUCGGGCUGCCCAGGGAUAGUUUACAUUCCUCACAUAGCUCCUCUGCAGAACCAGCCCCCUCCUUCUUCACUCCACCUCCAGAUAAAGCCACAGCCUCCUCCUCUACUGUAGCUCCCAACACAGGACUGAGAGCAUCAGAAAGAGGUGGUGGCUCUUUCUUUAUUUCCCGCUGGAAAUUCAGCUCGGGUGACGAGGAGGAACAGUGCAACAGAAGAGGAAGGAGCCUUUCUUCUAGCCCCAUCUCCUCCGUUUGCAAUAGAGAGGAAAGAGGAACGCUAGAUUGUGGAGGCAGUUUUGUAUCACGUCAUAAAAAUGGGCUCUGGGGUGCUAAAGGCAUUGGCAGGUCUUCAGGCAGUGAGGAGGAUAGCCCUGGCUGCAUAAGUGCACCUAGUCGAGAUGCUGUACGUCGGCGAUCAUUAAGAAAGAAAAAGAAAGUUGGUCUUCUUUCGACAGGUCGUGCUGAUUAUGAUGAUCAUGAUGGAGAAUCAGAAGAUAGUGACAGUGACACAGAUGUGACCAUGGAGCAAAUGGAGAGGCAAAAUACAGUUAGCAAACAGUUUGGGUCUGCACUAACCCGGACCCAGUCUGUGAGAGAAGCAGGGAGUUAUAGUAACAGAUUCAGAGUGCAGCAAUGGGAGCGUAUGUCCUCACCUGCAGCUACCACACGCCCAUCUGUUUCUCGGGUGUCAAAGGUCAACAUCCCUCCAUUCCUCUGCAGUCCUGGUGGGUCAUGCAGCAGCAGCCGGUACUCCAGCACUGAAACACUAAAACAAGAUGAUCAGAUUGGCAGCCAUGUAGGAAGUAGUAGUAGUAGGAAAGUGAAUCCAUCUACAUCCAUGCUCAGUAAAACCUUCCAUGGUAAUUUUACUAUGUAUCGCUCUCCCAGUUUUGGCCAUGGGGACAACGUCUCUCGCGCUCCUUCACAUGUGCGCUCUAAGUUUGUGCCUAAAGUCUCCUCCUCUUCCUCCAGUAUGUUUGCCAGAGAGAAAGGUGUGUAUUCAGGAAUGGGAGUAAAUCCAAAUGUUAAGUUAAGGAGGGCAGCUUUUGAGGAAGGAUCUAAUGAAAAAAAAUCUAUCUCUAACCCCGAUAUAGCAUCAGAAACACUCACACUUUUAAAUUUUCUGAAGUCUGACUUGUCUGAACUUAAAAUGCAUAAAACAAGUGAAAAAUGUAGUGAAGGAUCGUCUGUAUAUAAGAUUGGUUUAGGUAGUCAGAGUGGAGCACCGCUUACCUCUGGCUGUCGGCCAUCUUUGAAAGACUUAACUGCUACCCUGCGCCGAACUAAAUCGUUUACUUACUCAGAGAAACCCACAGCAACAGUACGAGGUUACAUGACAAGCAGCUCAGCUAAGAGGAGUUCUUCUGAGCAGCGACUUGAUCUAGAAGGAGAGGGGAGUCGGGGGAAAAUCCCUGACAGAGAGGUAGAAAGUGACAGUGGUGAUUUUAGGAUAGGAAGGCAUUACUCUUAUGAAGAUGAGGAUGAUGUAAUGCCAACUCCGUUACAGGAUCAGUACGUCCAAGAGGCAAGAAAGGUUAUUCAAGACAUCUGUCAAAUGAGCAAUAGGGAAGAUGAUGCUGAUGACAUAGAUGUUAAGAAAACUGAGGAUGUUUUAAAGAGGAACAGUUUCCAGAUGAACAGAACAAAUGAAGAGGAACUGCUUUCAAGUUUGAGUGUAAAGAAUGAGGCAAAGACAGAAGAAGAGCAUGAGUGUAAGAAUGUAAAGCCCAAAGAUAAACAUGAGAGGGAGGAGGAGAACCAAGAGAGUGAGAGGGGCGAGAGGGAUGGACCAAGUAUGCAGUUAGGGAAGUUAAGCAGCCAGGGCACAGAGAACAGGGGAACAGUGCAGAGGAGAGAGACAGAAAAAGCCUUACUGAAGGGGGACUCUGAGGAAAGCAUGUCCUGCGAGCGCUCUGUGGAUGAACUUUCUGGACAUGAGUCGAGUUUAACAGAUGAAGGGAUUGUGACAGAGCCAGAGUAUGGCCUUUGUGAACCCACAGAGAGGUCGUUCCUGGGGUCAGCAGAGGUUAAUUUAGGGUCAGGGAGUUCCAGGGACCUGAUAGAGAAGCCUGUCACCUUAUGGAAACAAUCAGCCUUCCAUGUGGCGGAGGGGCUGCAUCAGGAAGCAGAAAAGGUCACAGAGAAGCAUGUGAGUUCUACAAAUCUACUGACUGAAAAUGGCACUGCUUUCUCUGGGCGUGUGGCUGGGAGUGACUGUGCUGCUAGCAAGAAUGUUAGCACUACCAACGAGGAGAUCACCUGCAAUAAACCUGUGUCACCCGGGGUAACAGCUACAGCUGGAGUAGAGGGGCCUGAAGGGCCUACAACCCCCAACAGCACCCGGCGACGGCGCAAGUUCUCCCCUUCUGGUAAUGCCAGCACAAGCUCAGACAUGAGCCAUGUUUGUAACACAGAGACAACAACAGCUGCAGCUGGAAAUGGAGAGUCCACUGUAUACCGCUCCCUCAGUGACCCUAUGCCUCAGAGAUGCUGUUCUGAAACGGAGGAUGGAAAUAACAACUUCUCAUCUGUGGACAGCAACCUGUUAGGCUCUCUGUCUAUCAAAGGGGGAGGAGCUUCAGACACAGCCACUAUGACUACUUUGGCAGAAUACCAGGGCAGUGUAGCCAGCGACCUGUCACUAUACAGCGAUGGAGGCCUGUGUGAUGACGACAUUCAAGACUACAGUGGGGUCAUCAGAAGUAUUGUAGCAGAGCCAGGUGCAAUGGACAGACUCAUGAUAGAUGAUAAUGGAAAUGGCAAAGCACCUAAGAAGAAAUCAUUUAGUGACCCUAGUCGUAGAAGUGAAGUGCACAUUGAUCCACAGCAUAAGGCACAGUCCGGCAGCACUGAGCCAAUCAGUGAACUGGAGCAAACUGGCCAGAUCCCACCCUCUAGCAGUGAGCCAAUCCUGUCUGAGCAAAGAGAGGAAAUGUGGAAGCCAGAGGGCAAGUCAACAGCAGUGCUUCAGUCACAAAAUCAUGACAGUAUCAACACCAUGAAGCCACGUUCUAAAUCAGAUGAUUGCCAUUAUGCUGAAAAUUAUGAAGAUGAUGAUGCCAUUGAUGGGGGUAAAGCAGAAGAGGAAGAGGAAAUUAACUUUAACUUUGACCGUAAGUUUGUUGAAGCCUUGACCCCUAGAAUAAUCCGUAGACCGGGGAGAAGGCGACCAAAUAGACUGGCACACUUUAGCCCCCUGGAGGACCCUUUUGAAUCAUUAGGGCUGGACGAGCAAGAAGAUGACACUGACGAAACUGAUAUCACAGCUCCUCUUUCUCUGAUUGUGCCUCAAUCAAAAGACAGAACCAAGCCCAAGCAUGUUCGCCAUGCCAGUGAACCAACAACGUUUAUCCCCAUUUCCCCUCCUCCCUUGUAUCCUGUGAAGGAAGCAGACUGCCUCUCUGUGCUGCCUACUGCUGAGUCCGCACUGCUAAAUAAGACAUCAGGGAACAAUGUCCUUGCACUGGAGGAUGUCCCAAAGACAUAUGUUCUGGAGAGGAGCAGCUCAGAGGGAGACGCCAGGCCUACGCUUGUUCCUAAAGAUGGAGUGGAGUCUACAGCUGUAUUUGAGGCCCCUGUCAGUGCGGAUACUGGACAGCAUAAGACAUCAGAUGACCACCCAUCCAUUCCUGUCCCCCAGAGGACCAAGCCAAGAGUGGACAUGAGAAAACAUGUAAUGAUGACUCUCUUGGACACCGAACAGUCAUACGUGGAGUCACUGCGUACUCUCAUCCAGGGCUACAUGCGUCCUCUCAAACAGCCUGACAGUGGCUCCAUCGUGGACCCCUUGCUGGUGGACGAAAUGUUCUACCAAAUCCCAGAAAUCCUUGAGCACCAUGAGCACUUCCUGGAUCAGGUCUCUGACUGUGUAAACCAGUGGCACGACAGGCAGACUGUUGGACAUCUCCUCAUCCAUUCAUUUUCCAAAGAAGACUUGGCUAAUAUGUAUUCUGCAUACAUCGACAAUUUCCUCAAUGCCAAAGACGCAGUGAGGAUUGCCAAGGAGGCCAAGCCAGCGUUUCACAAGUUUUUGGAGCAAAACAUGCGAGAGAACAAAGAGAAACAAGCCUUAGGUGAUUUGAUGAUCAAGCCAGUUCAGAGGAUUCCUCGAUAUGAACUCAUAGUGAAGGACUUACUAAAGCACACCCCAGAAGAUCACCCUGAUCACCCCUACCUACUGGACGCACAAAGGGACAUCAAGCGAUUGGCAGAGAAGAUCAACAAGGGCCGACGGUCAGCAGAGGAGGCAGAGAGGGAGGCCAGGGUCAUCCAGGAGAUUGAGGCACACAUUGAAGGAGUGGAAAAUAUCCUGAAUCCUCAGAGGAAGUUCUUGAGACAGGAAAUUGUCAUGGAAGCGAAAAACGUUGGUGGGAAGAAGGACCGCUCUCUCUUCCUCUUCAGUGAUCUGAUCAUUUGCACCACCCUCAAGAGGAAGUCUGGCUCGUUAAGACGCAGUUCCAUGAGCCUAUACUCUGCUGCUAGUGUGAUAGAUACAUCCAGUAAAUACAAGUUCCUGUGGAAGCUUCCUCUUGAGGAUGUGGAGGUUGUGAAAAGCUCCGCACAGACAACAAACAGGGAGAAUAUCCAGAAGAGUAUUAGUCGAUUGGAUGAGGACCUCAGCACAGUGGGACAGCUCAGCAAGAUGUCUGAUACAAUCAACUUUCCACAUCAGGCUUUGGAUGAGGCGAUUAAAGACCUCUCGGCUUCAAUCCACAGAGAACUGUCAGAGAAGCAGUCAUUGGCCUUCAGUAUGACCUUCCUCCCCACAAAGUUGGAACUGACCACAUCCUCUGCCGAAAGUAGCUUUGUCUUUGAAUUCAGCUCUCCUGACGCUCGCUCCAACUUUGAGCAAGCUUUCGAGGAAGCCAAGAAGAAGCUAGCCAUGAAUAAGGACCAGUGGGACCCAGAGUUUUUAAAGGCAAUACCUAUUAUGAAGACACGCAGUGGGAUGCAGUUUUCCUGUGCGUCUCCAAGUCACAGCUGUCCGGAUAGUGGCUGUGAAGUAUGGGUGUGUAAUAGUGAUGGUUAUGUGGGACAGGUUUGUCUGUUAAAUAUCAAAGAUGAGCCAACUGUAGAGGCCUGUAUCGCUGUGUGUUCAGCCAGGAUCAUUUGCAUUGCGGCUGUACCAGGACUGAAGGCCAGGGAGCAAGGAUUAGAGCGAUCGCAACCUCCGGGAGCCCCAAGUCAAACCCAGCAGCAGCAGCUUCAUAUCUCCAUCUCUCAUUCAUCUCUUGAGAUGACAGAGCCACCUACAGGUCCUGGAACAGAGCUUGUUCCCUUUGACAGUGAUGACACUGAUGAUGAAGAUUCACCGAGCCCCUCUUCAACUCUCCAGAGUCAAGCCAGCCACUCUACUAUUUCUUCUAGCUUUGGCAUUGAUGAAGGCACUAGCUCCAAAGACAUGGUGACAGAGACCACGAGUAGUGAGGAGGAGCAGGAGUUCCCCACUGCGGGCUCAUAUGGGACCUCCGGGAUGUUGGGGGUGGGGGUAGGGAGUCGUGCCCAGGCAGAGAGUCCGAUGGAUGGACGCGCCAUGCGCCGCUCCUCUAGAGGCUCCUUCACCAGAGCCAGUCUGGAGGACCUGCUCAGCAUCGACCCAGAGGCCUACAAGAGCUCAGUGUGGCUGGGCACAGAGGAUGGAUGCAUCCACGUGUACCAGUCAUCAGACAACAUCCGCAACCGAAAGAACAGCAUGAAGAUGCAGCACUCUGCUUCAAUCCUCUGUAUACUAUAUUUGGACAACAAAGUAUUUGUGUCAUUGGCUAAUGGGGAAGUGAUAGUGUAUCAAAGAGAAGCAGGGAGCUUCUGGGACCCACAGUCUUCUCAAACCUUAGCUUUGGGCACAGCCAAUAGCCCUGUCACUAAGAUGGUUCCUGUGGGAGGAAAGCUGUGGUGUGGUUCGCAGAAUAGAGUCCUCAUUAUCAACACUGCCACUCUUGUACAAGAGCACUCUUUCCAGGUGGGCACAGACAGCAGCCGCUGUGUCACCUGCAUGGUGGCCUAUGGGCACGGUGUGUGGCUGGCAUUACAGGGCAGUGCACAGGUCAGACUGUACCAUGCUCAGACCUGGGAUGCCCUCACAGAAGUGGAUGUUGCUCCUGCUGUGCACAAGAUGCUUGCAGGAGCUGAUGCGAUCAUAAGGCAGCAUAAAGCUGCAUGUCUAAGGAUCACAGCUCUGCUUGCCUGUAAAGAUCUGCUUUGGAUUGGCACUAGUGCAGGUGUAGUGCUCACUCUCGCAAUCCCCAAAGUGAGCUCAGGGACAGGGCCAGGCACUCUGAAGUUCCCCCUGGUUCCCAUGGGCUCAGCUCACGGACACACAGGUCAUGUUCGUUUCCUUACUGCUAUAGAACUACCAGAGGGGUUCGACAUGAACUUUCCUCCACUUUCAAACGACUCCACAGUUACCAAAGCACCAAAUGCCAGUGUUGUGGACAGCCCUCUGCAGAGGCGGGACUCUGCUCGGCGGAGGGCUUCAGGUCACCUCGUCCCAAAGAACAAUCACUUAGUCAUCUCUGGGGGAGACGGUUAUGAGGACUUCAGACUGACUAACAGCAGUGAGACAGUGGGGCGGGACGACAGUACCAACCACCUACUGCUGUGGAGAGUCUGAGGCUGCUGAGCUUAAAACACUGCACACCAGACGCUAUGGUGUUUUUGCCUCUAAUGCCUGAUCCCACCUCUUAGGAUCAACUAAAAAGAAACGGACAACAAACUAGCUCUUGUGUGUUGAACUGGUGUGAGCUGUACGUCACUGGCUGCUGUUUGUGCAUGUGCGUUUCUCCCUUCUCAUCACCCAGUCUGAAAAAGUGUCAGUGAACCCAGCGAGACACAGAAGAGGACAGAGAAGGGAAUUUUCGGACAGAAGGACGGACACAUGUGAUGCGUGACCUCAUCACUGUAUAUGAACAAAAAGGCACUAACUAUGGCAGCGUGUGUUGUACUCUUGCGUUCAUUGUGCAACGUUUACAUCUGCUUGCAGUUAAUGCAUUAGAAAAAAAGGUCUUAAAGCUGAUCAGAGGGGUAAAUGUGAAAUUGUUGGCCUCUUGAUGUAGUUUUUACUGCUCAUUUAGCUAUGACCAUCCUUUUCAUGUUGAGAAAGAUGUUUGUAAGGGCAUCACUGAAGUGCAAUACGUGGCAAGAAUAUUGAAUACAUAUAACAAUAACAUAUACAAAAACAUGAGUUCACACGCCACUCACUGAUUUCCCUUGACAUAGCCACACUGCUGGAGUUCACUAGAAGUGCAUUCAUCCCUAAGUCAUUAUGCCAAAGCCUUGUACAUGAAAAAGUAAUGACACUAAGGGACUUUAUAGUGUUGGUUUGUUUGUAUGCUGUCAGGAGGGAAAGCCAAACUGAUUUUGGCAACUUCUUGCAGGCUGGUAAACAGAUGAAGCGCAGCUGUGGUAGCAGAGAUAUGUACAGUAUUUAUGUGUCUUUUGAUUUUAGCUUUUUUGUUUAUUUUUUCACAGCACUUAAUUUAUAGAUGAUGUAGCUUUAACAAUUCAUGGCUUUCUAAGUUGAAGAACAAGCAGUGAGAAUGUACUGUAGGUUUGGUACGACCCAUACAGGGUACAUGGUGUGGUGUACACUUUCUGAAGAUAAAGAUAAAUAUAACUGCUUCUUUUAUGACUGCUCAUCAGCUACAACACAUAGUAGAUGAGAAUGUGCAUCUCACCCAAACAUUGACCCUGUCACAAUGGUAAAAAUAUAUAUUUUCAAUGGUAAUCAAUCACUGACAUGUAUUUUUAAAAUCUAGAAUCUAUGAAUUGCCAUCAACACCAAUAUAUUGUAAUUACAAUUAAUUGUUGUUCAUAUACUGUGUUUGCAUUCUUUUAUUUCGUGACCUGUUAAUUGAAAAAAAUAAGAUAAUCACUUUUACUUGCCAACACCCCCCUGAACCCAUCAAUCAUUCAUAAAUAACAAUCUGUCAAGUCUAAAAAAAAUGUUUUGUGAACACUAGAUUAGUGCAUAUCAAACUGAAGUAUUUAUUAUUUCUGUGACAGAAGUAGGAGUGACGUAGAGUGUUGCACGAUCAGCAAGUGUAAGUGUGAUUAGUGGGUCAUAAGGACAAAUGUGCCUGCACGUGCCUCUGCAGGCUUAAGCCCCAGCUCACAACAACAUAGUGAAAAGUCACACACCGGACGCCCUUGGUCUGGGGUUAAGCACUGAUUGUGUUCGAUCUUUGAGCCAUCUGCGCUCCUCACUUUGCAUUAGUGAUUCUGGACCUAUAAGAGGAUCAGUCAGGUGUGGUCAAACUGUGUUCUGCUGUCUGUAGCAUGUGGAUAUAGGAGGUCUACAGUAAUGUGUGGUAGCAGAGCAGGUGAAUUUGUACCAUUAAAAAUAUAGGCUGAAUAUAAAAGCAGCAUAGUGUGUGAAAGGGUUGCUCUCUCUUUAGUAUUGACUAUCACUGAACAUCGAGUUUGAUAGUAGCCCCAGGUUUUUGCUUAUUUUUGUUUUACCACCUUUAUGACUAAUGUCAAGCCAGUUAUGUUAUGUAAUUAUCUCAACAUUUAACAAUUAUUUACAUUUAAAGUAGGUAACCAACCUAUUGCCUGUAUUCUGUUUCAACCCCCAAUCUGGGACAACUGCUCUAAAGGUACUUACAGCUGGGCUUUUAGUGAGCACUGGCAGACACCAUUUUAAAAUCAUUUAUUCAUUUAAUGGUUGUCCAUUAUAUUACUAAAUGUGCAAUUUAGAAGAUUUAGUUAAUAACAAAUUGCCUUAUUUUUGUUCUUGUGUUAUAUUUUCCAUACUCGGUUAUGGACUUAGACAUACUAUUGCAUGGCUUCAAUCACUGUGGAUACAAGCUACUUAAAAAUGAAAGAAAAAGCAUUUCAAGUGCCACAUAAACUUUUGUUUUUAAAUUUUAUUCCUACCACCACGUUCCCUAGUAACACUGUAAUCUCGUCAUGCCUGUAUGUGAAUUUUAUGUUGUAAAUACUGGUAUAUAUUGCCUUUUUUCUGUAAAUAGAGCACCUCCAGUCCUCAAUUGUUGAUACGAAUCUAAUGGCAUAUUUUUAUAUAUUUGUGUAUGGUUUUGUUUAUUUUUGUUUGUUAUUUCUUUUAUGGCACGUGCUGACAAGAAGAAUCUUUGCUGUUUUCACUGGCCUCCAUGUUUGCCUUGUUCUGUUAUUGUGUCGACGGGGGGAAGAGAAAAUGACCGCUCCUGCACUGCUCCGGAUUUGAGAAUUGUUCGGCUCUGGUUGCCAUGGUUACGGAGCCACUUACUGUAUGUAACUUGUUUUGUCACUGUGGGUUCCUCUUUGUAAUUAAACUGUUUCACUGGU